UAGUUUGAACGCCCCGCGCCGGAAGAAGGUUUGUUCGGUGGAAUCGGGCGUGGGGGAGCUCUCUCCUGAGUCCGAGGGCUCCUGUCGGAGGUGGAGGGACGCGUAAGCGACCCGUGACACCAGCGGCGGGAACAGACGAAAGGUGUUGCCAUGGUGAUGGCUGUGGAAGACAGCGUGGUUCGGGUGGUCGUGCGGGUGAGGCCUCCCACCCCUAAGGAGCUAGAGAGUCAACGGCGGCCUGUGAUUCAGGUGGUAGAUGACCGGAUGCUGGUGUUUGACCCUGAGGAGUGUGAGGGGGGAUUUCCUGGCCUAAAAUGGAGUGGCUCCCACAAUGGCCCCAAGAAGAAGGGCAAGGACCUGACGUUUGUCUUUGACCGGGUCUUUGGUGAGGCGGCCACUCAACAGGAAGUGUUCCAGCACACUACACACAACAUCCUCGACAGCUUCCUCCAGGGCUACAACUGCUCAGUGUUUGCCUAUGGAGCCACCGGGGCUGGGAAGACACACACUAUGCUGGGAAGGGAGGGAGAGCCUGGCAUCAUGUACCUGACCACCAUGGAACUAUAUAGGCGUCUUGAAGCCUGCCAGGAAGAAAAGCAAUUCAAUGUGCUCAUCAGUUACCUGGAGGUGUAUAACGAGCAGAUCCAUGACCUCCUGGAGCCCAAAGGACCCCUCACCAUCCGUGAGGACCCUGAUAAGGGUGUUGUGGUGCAGGGACUUUCUUUCCACCAGCCAGCCUCAGCGGAGCAGCUACUUGAGAUGCUGACCAGAGGCAACUGCAGCCGCACGCAGCACCCCACGGACGCCAAUGCCACGUCUUCCCGCUCUCAUGCCAUCUUCCAGAUCUUUGUGAAGCAGCAGGACCGGGUUCCAGGACUGACUCAGGCCCUCCGAGUAGCCAAGAUGAGUUUGAUUGACCUGGCUGGCUCAGAGCGGGCAUCUAGCACCCAUGCCAAAGGAGAGCGGCUGCGGGAGGGUGCCAACAUCAACCGCUCUCUGUUGGCGCUCAUUAAUGUCCUCAAUGCCCUGGCUGACGCAAAGGGCCGCAAGUCUCAUGUACCCUACCGAGACAGCAAACUGACCCGCCUGCUCAAGGACUCCAUCGGGGGCAACUGCCGUACCGUGAUGAUUGCUGCCAUCAGCCCUUCCAGCCUGACCUACGAGGAUACUUACAACACCCUCAAAUAUGCUGACCGUGCCAAGGAGAUCAGACUCACGCUGAAGAGCAAUGUGAUCAGCCUGGACCAUCACAUUAGCCAGUAUGCCACCAUCUGCCAGCAGCUCCAGGCUGAGGUGGCUGCCCUGAGGGAGAAGCUCCAGACAUAUGAGGCUGGAGCACAGGCCCUGCAACAGCGCUCUCCACAGCCCCCCAAGUUGAGCAUACCACAAAGCCUUUCUAGCUCCUCGUUACAGCCUGGGCAAUCCAGCCAGUCCUGUACCCCAGAGUUCCGUGCAAAGGGUGAAGCUCCUCGAGAGGAGAGCCUGGAAAUAAAUGCCCAGGGGCAGGAGACUGUGGAUGAAAAUGCUUCAGAGCAGGUGCAGUCCCCCCAGGACAAACAGUUUCCAACCCAGAUGUCAGAGCCAACCCUGCCAGGGUCCCCUAGUCCUUCUGUGCAGGCGAAGCCAGGCAUGAGCCAACACUCACCACAGAAACUGGAUGUGGACCACUCUAAACAGUUGGCCCUCCGGGUGCUACGCCUGGCCCAGCAACAGUACUCCCUACUGCAGGCAGCCAACCUCCUGACUCCUGACAUGAUCUCAGAAUUUGAGACCGUGCAGCAGCUAGUGCUCAAGGAAAGCAUUGAGCACGUGGCUGAGAACCCCAGAUCUCCUGGUCUGGCCAGGGGGGACCCGCUAGCUCAGGAGCUGUGUUCAGAGUCUAAGUCUUCAGGGUACUGUGGUCCAGUAACCCGGACCAUGGCAAAGCAACUGAAUGGUCUCACACACACUCUGGGGAUCCCACUGGCACCUGACUGCACCUCAGAUAAGACAUUCCAAAAGCCUGCCAAGGAGAAAAAAAGGAAGCUGAGCCCCGAAGAGCCAGGCAGCCUACCAGCCCCAAAUCUGGAGAUGAAGCGCCAGCGCCAGUCCUUCCUCCCCUGCCUAAGGAGGGGCUCUCUACCUAAGGCCCAGCCGUCCUCUGAGCCCAGAACUCCCAAAGGAGAAAGGGCCUCUUCCCCCUCCUCCCGAGUCUGCCCAGCCACAGUCAUUAAAAGCCGGGUACCCCUGGGCCCUUCUGCCUUACAGAACUGUUCCACUCCUCUGGCCCUACCCACUCGUGACCUCAACACCACCUUCAAUGUCUCUGAGGAAUCCCCCUCCAAACCCAGCUUCCAUGAACUUUUUGACUGGGAAAAAGUUUCCCAGGAGCUGAACAACACAGACCAGCCCUUUCUCCCCAGUGCACCUGUCUUCAUGUUCACGAAGGGCCGCAAGCCAGAUUCUCUUCCUACAACUACUGCCGGCAAGAAGAGGCGCACUGUGAGGCCCUCAGUCUCCCAAGGCCGCAGCUGCAUAGCCCGCCUCCACAGUAGCACCUUGAAGAAGCCAGACAGACCCUUCACAGUCCCAGAACCCUCCUUGAGCACCCACUGCUUUGAUGACCAGAGGACCCCUAAGGGACUGAUUGAGGAGACAGAGUGCUGUUAACUGGGUAUCCUGCCCACGAGGGAGUCCUGGCAUCCACGCUUGUUCUGAUCCGCCAAUAGCCUUCUCUUGUCCUUGGAGCUGCCAAUGCCAAGAGUCCCUGGCCUGCCGUCCUCACCUUGGAGCAAUUAACACCACCAUGCCCUAGCUUUAGUAAUGCCCUCCCCAACCAUUCGCCUAUGUGCCGUCUUCAUUAAUCUCAUUCACACUCACAUAUGUGUCUACAUAUAUACAUCCUCCUUUGUGAGUGAUAAACGUGUGGCUGUAUUCAAGGACUCUGUCAGGGUUUCUCAUUCCCAAAUCCUUCCAGGCAAGCAGAGAACUCUUAGGCUGUGUUCUUACCCCUCAGCUUCAUGUCUGACAACAGGGCUCUGCAUAGUGAAGGUGGAUGGGGCCAAGAGGGGUUGCUGACAAGUGUCUGCUUAGCUCUCCUGGUGCUAAACAUGGUAUACAUCCAGAAUGUAAGGAGAGAGGAUAGAGCCUUAGGUAUAAAUGCCAGCUGGUUGUGUCAGUUUUUAGGCAUCCUUCUUGUCUUUGGCUUCUCCAUGUUCACAUGUAUGUAUAUGUAUUCACAUAGGUGUAUGCCUAUAGAUGUAUAGAUUUUUCGCUGUAAUAAUAAACAUCUCUGUCUGUGGUGUCUUCCUUCUAUUCUCUG